CUUGUAUCAAAUGCAUGGUUUUAAGACACACCAACAGUUAUUCCUCUAGAUAUAAAUUCCUCCCAUCAUAAAGGAGGAAUUCCUAUAUGAUUAGGUCUCAAGCAUGUUUGUUUGAAAUCUUGGCAUUGUUUUCUUUCCAAUAUCCACAGAGUGGAGGUUAUCUAUGAAGUAUGUUUUUGUUUUUUUCUAACAGCCUUUACCGUUGUAGGUUGAGUGAUGUUGGAGAUGUUAAUCAGCCAUGAGCUUACUUAAAACUUGAAACUUAUUGUGCUAAACCAAAAUAAAGUCACGUAAAUACCCAAUAACGCCCGUUAUGAUAAUGAACUUUAGGUUUUCUCUUCACGCCCCUUAAAACAGGGGUGUGCAGGGAAUCGCACCGACGGGGUUGGUUUUUCAAAAUAAAGUAAAAUUGAAUGUUUUGUGACAAUUAAAUUCAUUUCAAACUCUGAUUAUGAUUAACAUAAGUCUGAAAAUAUAGGAUACAUAUGCAUAUCUCAUAUGAUUUACAAUAUUUUAACAUAAAAAGAAACAAAAAAAUUGAUGGGCCCUAAUGAAUAGGGCACAUUAUCACACAGACUCGGUGUAGAAGUUUUUUCAAUAUCGGACCUUUACAGAUAUUAAUAACAGAUCGGUGCAUCUCUAAAAAUGACGAGACAAAAUAAGACUUUGGAAUGGUCUAGUCUAUGUCCUGACCUGAAUCCUAUUGAGAUGCUGUUGCAUUUAAUGCUGAAUUACAAAAAUUAUUCAAGGAUUUAAAUUGGUUUGAUGGUCUGCUGCUGAAAAUGUGCUAUAUAAAUUACCUAAUCUUACCCCUGAAACACUUAAAUGUGAAAAAACAUGCAAAAGAAAGGAAAUAAGGAAGUGGGCAAACAGUUUUUCACACCACUCUGUUCCUCAUGUGUACAUGAGGAGCAGAGGUGCAGGGGGAGGGGUAAGUGGGAGCUGUUCCAUAAGGAGAUCCUCUCCAAUGCAGCACCCUCCAUGGAAGAGGCUGACCUCUGUUAAUGGCGCCUCUUUAUUAUCAUUAUGUCAAGGAUUCAUGCAGUGUAACUUCUUCUUACUAACACUGAAAGUUGGUUAAUUGUAGUUCUUAUGCCAGCCUUCUGUAGUCAUGGAUGGAGGCCCAGCAUGCUAUGAUUAGCAUGCUUUCUUGAUUGUGAUUUGACUUAAGGGGUAAGUUAACAUAGCACAGGGAUAAAUGGCCCCAACAGUUCUUCAUAAUCUUCUUAGAACUAUCACAUGAUGGUAUUUUUCACUGUGAAAAAGAAAGGUCUUAAGCUCCUUUCAGGUAUGCACAGCUUUUCUGUUAAGCUCAUACCAAAUAAAUAAGUAUUGGCCAGUAAUACUUAUAGUACAGAGAAAGGAAAAAACAUACUCUUAAACCUUUGAAACAAAUUAACUUGCACAGUAGCAAACUGUAAAUAUUCAGGAUGCGAAUGUGUGCUUCAACUAGUGAAUGAAAUUAGUGCAAAGUACUUUGGUGUCCUCUCGAGUUAGAUAAAGAACUAUAGAAGUACUGGCCAAUUUAACUACAAAAAAUAUAAUCAGAGAAACAAAAUUGCAUUAUUCUUGAGUUCUUGAACAUUUUAUUUAUGUGGUGACAAUUGUGAUCUACAAAUGGUGCCAGAAGGAAGAUUUACAAGAAGUUCUCUUGAAUUCUUGUGAAGUAUGAAAUGUCCAAGCUAGAAUUAACUUUGUUCUUGUGAACUCCAUAAAACGAAGAGGAAGCUCAGUCUGGGGUCAGAUUCUCCAAUCUCUGGUACUGAGUUCACUGAGGUGGUGAAAGAGCUCCUUGGUGGCAAGGCUCCAGGGGUGAAUGUCCCUUGCAGAGUCUUAGGGGGGCAGGAGGGUACCAGAUGCACAUUGGUGCAUCUGCACCAAUGGAAUCUCCUGCUCCAAUUUUUCCCUCAUUUUGUGGACAAGACAAAUUACUUAAACGUCUUCACUUGGGGCAGAACCUUGCUCCUAACCUGUAGAAAAUAUUCUACCCAUGUGAUUCUGUCAGAUCAGCAUACCUUGACGGAACAACAUAUGAGUAUCACAAACUGUCUGCUGUAUCUGUCUGUUUAUUUGUUAUUAAUAACAAAUAAACUUUUAAACAAAGUUCAUGACAAUCUAAUUUCUACGUCAUGUUGCUGAUUAAAUAAAAGCAUGUGGUAAUUGCAGCAUAUACUUGUCGGAAAGAUACAGCCAUCAGUUUGUGCUAUGCAUAUGUCAAUCUGACAAGGUAUGCUGAUCUGACAGAACACGGUCGUCUACAUUCCUACCCCCAUCUAUGGUCAAGAACUCUGUGUAGUGACCGAAAGAACAAGAUUGUGCAUACAAGUGAUAUAAAGAGUGAAUAGCUUGGCUUAUCCGAGAGCGUCUGCUCCUCAACAUCAAAAGGAACCAAUUGAGGUGACUUGGGCAUUUUGUUAGGAUGACAUCUAACAAAAUACCUUGUGAGAUGUUCCAGGCACGUCGCAUGGGGAGGAGACCCUGAAGAAGACAAAAAGACCUUCUGAAGGGAGAUGGAUGGAUGGAUGGAUGGAUGGAUGGGUGGAUGGACGGACGGUUCUGUCACAAAAGAUUAACACUUUUCUUGUGGUCGUGUCUGUUCUUCUGAACAGGUAUGAAAUUGAUCAUUUCUAUAAAACCUUAAAUGAUGCUCCAACAGUUGUAUUACCAACACGAAUGAAAGUAAGAAGGAAUCCAUUUAAUAGUGAACAGAUUUUUGAGGAAAACAAAAUCCAGUUAUUGGAUGAAGCAACAGAUCUGACCUUGUCCCAAAACCAGAAGACCACAUUAUCACCUGAAAGCUGCAUUUUCAAUGUCAUUAACUCUAAGAUAAAUAGAGUUGACAGAACAAUUAUUCUGAGUGUAUCCAGUCCAGUUCUGAAGAGUCCAAAUAAUCAAGUCAGCAUGAGAACACAGGACUGUUUUUUUAAUGGACAUGGGUCAAGUGGAAGAUGUACUGGUUCUCAUGACCAACUGGUGCAAUCUGGGAACAUGUUGUCUGCUACUAACACAGAGUCCGUAUUGCAUCACCCAAGCCCACAAAGUCAAAUUAACCUAGCCAUCAAAAAAUGGUCAGAGAGCAGAAAGUUGGAUUUAAGCUCUGUUCCUGAGAGUGUUUUGGAAAGAAAAGAUGGGGAAUAUCUUGAAGAAAAAAAACUACUAGACAUUAAACACCCUGGAGCAGAAUGUCCAAAUUACCUUAAGUGCCAUACUGAUAGUAGCACAUGCAGCUUAUUGCUCCAACAAAGCCAAGUAGAUUUACAGGACGGAGAACUCAAAGGCACAUCUAAACCCAAUCUUCUGGAGCAUGAAGCUGAUCAACACCCAAUCUUUACUGGCUGUGCUGAAAACCCUAUCACAUCAUCGCUGGCACGAUUAUCCUCAAGAAUCAUAUCUUCAUCUAAGAGUUUGGAAAAUUUCACCUCAGAAACAAUUCAGGUUCUUUCCGACUCCACUACCAUGAAAAGCCGUUUUUCUGUGUUCAGUCUUCAGCAACAAAAGACAGAUUAUGACAGCCCAUCAAGAAGCACCUUGGUUAACAGGAUAAAUGCCAGCAGUUCCAAUUCCAGUCUGUCCUCAGCAAUGGCCUCCAUGUCAUCUAUGAGCAGCAGCAUAAGCACCAUUUACCCUUUGGACCAGGAAGUCCAAGGAAGCAUUCAGUUUGCUGUGAACUACAUCCAAAAGAUUGAAGAAUUUCAGGUCUUUGUGGUAAAGUGCAGUGGAUUGGCUGUUACUGAAACCAAAAAGAAUUAUGACUUGUACGUGAAGUGCUACCUUGUUCCUGAUAAUACACGAUUGGGCAAGAGAAAAACCACUGUUAAAAAGAAGACAUUUCAUCCAACAUACAAUGAAGUUCUCAAGUUUAAAAUCAGUCUCGAAGAGUUGAAAAAACAGAACUUGAACGUCUCAGUGUGGCACAAUGACCUUUUUGGGCGGAACAGCUUCCUGGGUGAUAUAGACUUGGAUUUGUCUGAAUGGGACUUUGACAACAUGGAGAUAAAUGAAUAUGCAUUAAAAGCCAAGGUCCCAGCAGAAAUAUUUAGACAGAUUCCAUCAAACCUAAAAGAAAAUGGUGGAAAGAUGAGAGUGGCCCUGAAAUUUGUGCCACAGACAAUCAAGGGUAAGGGAAAUAAAAGAGCAAAGGCUGGGGAGCUGCUGAUUUGGGUGAAAGACUGCAAGGAUCUUCUUCCAGUCAGAGGAGUAAUUAUCAACCCCUUCUUAAAGUGCACUGUACUUCCAGACACAAGUCGGAAAAACCAACAGAAGACACGGGUGGUAAAAAGAACAGCCAAUCCUUUGUUCAACCACACCAUGAUGUAUGAUGGUUUCCUAUCGGAGGACCUUGGAGAGACCUGUGCAGAGAUAACAGUAUGGGAUAAUAAUCGGCUGCAAAACCACUUCAUAGGUGGUGUAAGGCUUGGACCGGGGACAGGAAAGAGUUAUGGAAUGGAAGUUGCUUGGAUGGAUUCAACAACAACUGAAGCAAAUUUAUGGCGCAGUAUGCUACAGUCAAAUGGAGAAUGGGUGGAAGAUAUUUUGCCUCUGAGAAUGUUGGUGAUGGCAAAGAGCAUGUCAGCCUGAGACAAUAUAAUGUGGGGGAGCAGUAGCAUAACACAAUUAUGUAUAAGUUAUGUGUAUAUAUGUUACCUUAGCGUCAGAAAUGUGGAAUAGAUGCCACAUGAUAUCUAACUGGUGAAUGAUAGUUCAUAAGAUAAAAGCGUCCAAAAAACACACAACAAAAUUAUGACCAUUAUGAUACAAACACGAUUUGAAUAUACUGAUUAAAUGUGCCAUUUUUACUUUUGAUUAUCUGUAAUGCAAUUAAAUUAUUUCUUAUCUUUUCAUUCAAAACUUGAUGCACUCCAGUGACACAGACUUCUUAAUAAAUUCAUGAUUAUAAUUUUCAGUCAUUGUUUACAUUCUGAUUUACCAUCUCUGGCAGAAUUAUGAUGCAUGUCUCACAUCAAUGAUUAAAAACCAAAUAAAAUGUGACACGACUGUUCAAACAGCAAAUGCUUGAAAACAACUGGAUGUUUAAGUGGCACAGAUUUGAUUUGUGUUUUUGGGUUAAAAGAUCGUAAUUGGGCUGGAAAGGAAAAAUUUAGUAACAAUGUUUAAAUAAAUUUGAAUGUACACUUUAUGAUGUUUUUAUUAAAGGUUUGCACUCAGUUGUAGCUCAACAGGACAUAUGCUCUUCUGACCCUCCUCAAAUAAAUGAAGAACAGGGUGUUCAGCAGUUAGAAAUGUGAGACAUGGCUAAGGUGAUAAGCCUAGUUUGUAGAAGUUCAGUUACUAGUAUCUGUUUAGCCAUCAGCAAAGAGGCCUUUUUGGAUAAACGCCUAGAGUUGAGCUGUGAAUGUGUAUGCAACCCUGCUCGACUGAAACUUACAGAUAAGUAACGUAUAGAUUUUUGCCUGACACUUGAGCCAGGGGGUGUGACUAAGUAAUGUGUGAUGUAUCCUAUGUAAAUGAGGGGACGUUCAGCCCCAAGUCAGAACUCAUCCGAUUCUCACUGAGAUGUGAGCUUUGUAUGUUUUCUCCAUUUGCAAAUGUUAAUUAAAGCGGUGUUUUUUCUCUCUUAAAGCUGAAGUUUGGUCUCGAAUUUUGUGCAACUUAACAGGGCCAUUCAGUAAAAAGCAGGAUAUAGGUCAUAUGUGGGGGAAAAAAAGCGGAUUUGGGUAGCAUUUCUCUAUGAUAUCAUUUUUUUUAAAGGUUUUAUUGAUUCUAGUGAUUUUUAUUUGAGAGUGGUCAGACAGGAAAGUGGGUAAUGAGAGAGGGAAGACAUGUGGCAUAGGUCAUCAGGCUGGGACUCAAGCCUGUGACGGCCGCGUCAGGGACUAAGGUCUACAUGCUUUACCCCCGCGCCACCGCAGUACACCCCUACUCUCUUUACUAUCUUAAAACAGUAAACUGUUGCCCAUAAAGUUUGAAUACAACAUUGUCUGCCACUAUUCAUAAAAUGAUGUUGACAGUUUCUAGCGUUAAGUGUAUAUUUUCUCAGCUUGCUGAUUAGUCUUUUAAAAGUCUAUCAGAGUAAAAACCAAACCAUGAUUAAUAGAGGAUUAUAAAAAUCAUUUCAGUUUAUAGACAAAACUGUUUUAUUGAGUAGCAAAAUGUACGUGUCCCAUCACAUUAGCUGAUUACGCAGUAGUACUCUGCUUUGUGAUGCAACUUAACUCUCUAAGCAGAAGUUAUUUUAAGAAGAUUUUAACUCUGUAAUCUGACCAACAAUGAGGUCAGAUUAGUCGAUUAUAAAGUGCACAGAAAUAAUAGGCAAGCCAGAAUACUAUUAACUAGUGCUCAUGUACAGUAAUAUUUUGCAGUGUUGACUUGAGCAGUUGAAGCUUUCUUGCUUUAACAUAUGUUAGCAAAUAUAAAUAUGUAGUCUCUUUCUUGUGAUAAUAGCAGUAAAGUCAUUUUCUGCUUGACAUUGGCUCACACUGCUUGUGUUUAUUCUUAUCAAUAACUGAUUCAAUUUUGGCUGUUUUGUUUCUCUACUUUUGUUCUCUAUUUUGUAAUUGUAUGUGUGUCUUAAAGUCUGAAUUGAAUAGCAUACACUUUAUUUAACACAAAUUGUAAACAACAGCUUUAGAAUAUUUUUGGAGAUAUGUUAUAUCCACCAUUAAAGACUUAAGUAAAGAUACACUUGUGAUUAUGUAGGGGAUGUGAGGCCCCUUUAUAGAAAAAAAUUAAAUAAUCUUCUAGCUAAAAGGAACAAGUGAAGUUUUUUUUUUUUAGAACAGUCAGUCUUUUCUCUCGUUGGUUUUGCUACCAUACAGGACAAAGUUUGUCUCACAUAGUCUGUUUAUAUGAGCAGAAGCUGUGGCAUUGGACAUUACAGCAUUAUUCCCUCUAAUGCUUUAAGUUGAUACUUAGCUGCAUCACCUGAAAAGAUUAGCCUUGUUACUCAGGCAAGGAAUUCUGAGCUAGUAAACGUAUCCAGUACAAACUGCUGCUGAGUUUCAGCAUACAGGUGUCUGUUUAUGUCAUGUUCCGGGGUCUUUUAGCUCCUUUGUGGAGUUUUGUUCCUGCACUCUUUUUCCUCCACCACUAGAUGGCGCCUUUACCAUCCGUCGGAGGGCGUGGAUGACGUCAUCCCACACCUGAUGCGGGUUUGGCUCAUCAGUGUGAGGUUCAAGAGGAGCUGACUGCCAGUCCUUCGGCGCCUGAGUGUUAGCCAGUCACGGUACCUCUGAGCCCCUAGAAGCUUGCUUCUGUUUUUGCCUUGUUGACCCACUCUUAGUGAAAGUUUUUCUUCGUUGCUUCUCCUGCCUCCAGGUGUUUUCCUCCUGGCUCCUCUUCAUCCGCUGAUCCUGAGCCUACCUGUCCGCCCUCCGACGUACUCCCGUUGCCUCCUGGAUCCCCGCGGUCAGACAAGACGACCACCUGGAACCUCUGAGAACAAACCCCCGGACGCUGCAGUUACCCUCCCACUUCUCUAACCUGCCGAUCACAAGUAAGAUCUGCCCCUUCACUUUAACGUUGUCAUUUCCUACAAACCUGAACUCAUCACCUCCCUCUGCUUCUCUAGUGAACUGUUUGAUUCCCUGAACCAGCCUCUCUCCCUGGACCCGACCCGAGCCAACUAUUCCUGCCAGCAGUGUUUUUCAAUAAAUUUAUCUUUAUUUCACAUUG